AUGCAUGAGGGCGACGGACAUGCAGGCCAACAAAUGCAUGGCCAUGAGUGCGACAGCCAUGCCGUGCACCAUGCGCAUUGCCAUGAGCAUGAAGGACACACCGCGCACGAGGCCCAUGGCCAUGAGCACGGAGAUCACCGCGCGCACGAUGCGCAAAGCCAUGAACAUCAGGGCCACAGCACACAUGGCCAUGAGCAUGGAGGUCACCACUGCGAAGAUCCUGGUCACGAACAUCACAGUCAUGGCCACCAGCAUCAUGGACACGGGCACGAGACCACAGGCAUGAAGAGUAGUGAAGGCCAUUCUCACGGCCAUGAACAUCACAAUGCUCAUCACCAUGGCCACGAGCAUCAAGGGCAUCACCACGGGCAUGAUCACAGCAGAGGCGAGUGCGACGGGCAUAGCCACUCAGACGAUGACAGUGAUAGUGAGGAAGAUUGCAGCUGCGGGCAUGAUCAUGGCCACCACGGGCACCAUGACCACCAUGCGCACCAUGGGCAUGGGGAGGCCAGCCCUACCCUUCUAUCUGCCCAGAGUCGCUCUCGCCGCCUCAAGGAGGGAGAUAAGAAGGUGAGCAUCACUCUUCCGACCUCCAGCUUCGGCUCACCUGCCAAAAAAAUUCCCUCUGCCCGACCGGUGAGGAGGAGCGCCACCACAAGUUCCUGGAUGUCUGUUUUCAGCGUGCAGAAGUCCAGGAGCCGCUUCACAGUUCUUCAGAAAGAGGUGUGCUCCGCUUGCUGCGGUCAUGGAUCCAGUGCCCGGUGUGCUGUGGCUGGCUGCAGGCCUCAUGAGAUGGUCAAGACCAAGUUCAGCAUUCGAAACAUUUGUUGUGAUUCGGAGGUGAAGCUAAUCAAGCGCAUUGUCGAGACCAUGAAGGGUGUUGAGAGCGUGUCCACAAAUCCCUUCACAAAGCUUACAGUGGUGGUUCACUGCCCAGUGCAAUGCUGCACAGCACCCGAAGUCAUCUUGGAUAAGCUGAACGGUGCGGGCUUGGGAGCUGCUUUACUGGGCCAGAAUGAGGAAGAUGGCGAUACCGAGAUCAAUCUGAUACAGUGGUGCUGGGACCAUCUCCGACAUUUCUCCUUUGUACUUUCCUUGUUGCUUUUGAUCACCGGUGUUCUGCUGAUUGCGCACGACAUCCAGAUUGGAGGCGAAAUCUGUGAAUUUGCAGCCUUGGCCCUUGGCCUUCCCUUCAUCAUCUUUGAAGCUGUGGUCACUAUCUCGAAAUGCCAGAUAGAUAUGGCGGCCCUGGUAAUCAUCGCAGCAGGAGGUGCUCUUGCUCAAGAGGAAGCGGCAGACGCCGCCCUAGUAGUGGUGCUAUUCAACCUCGCAAGGGUUUUGGAAGCUACUGCAAUGAGUCGCGUCUCCAGGGCUCUGCGCGCAGUAAUGCAGCUGCAGGCCAUCCGGAUGGUGUCCUUAGUGGAUGGAACGACCGUGGCGAUUCCUGAUUUGCAGGAGGGCGAUGUCAUUACUCUCAGGCCUGGAGAGGAGUGCCCAGCAGAUGGCACGGUCACCCGAGGAUCCGCAUCCUGUUCAGAGGCAGCUCUCACUGGUGAAGCAAGGCCUGUGGAGAAGAUUAAGGAGAGCCGUAUGUCUUCGGGGACCGUCAUAUUGAAUGGUUACGUGGAAGUCACAUUGACGAAGGCUGGCUCUGAGUCAACGCUCUCCAUGAUCGAGUCCCAGGUCCAAGAGGCCCAGAUGAGGCGAACUGCAAAACAGCUCCUCAUUGCAAGGUUUGCGAGCAUUUGGACACCCACGGUGCUGGUGUUGGUGCUUGUGGUGUGCACCCUUGUGCCAUACGUUUCCGAUGGUGACUAUGAAAAAUGGAGGGAGCGUGGUCUCGUCAUUCUGCUCACAGCUUGCCCUUGCGCAAUUGUUAUUGGCGCACCCCUUGCCACAACUUGCGCAGUUGCUGCUGCAGCUACCCGCGGUGUGUUCAUUAAGCAGCCUGAGACAGUGGAGCAGCUUCCCUCCAUCGUGUCUGUUGGCCUGGACAAGACGGGUACGUUGACAACCGGGGAGUUCGGCGUGCGUGCACAGGAGACGUUUGAGAAGAUGCAUGACCUUGCCGUGGAACCUCUCAACCUGGCAGCUGCCUUGGAGAUGAAAUCUGCGCAUCCGAUUGCUGCAGCUAUUGUGUCUAAGGCAGUGGGCUGCGUAGGAGAGGCAUACGAACAGGACGCCCUUCCCGCGGUCAAGAAGUUCCGCAUCGUAGAAGGUGUUGGCAUCAAAGGUGAAGUUAAGGCAGGCAACACCUUCGUGACAGUGCAUGUGGGGAACAAGCGCGUCCUCGAUGCAGUGAAUGCAGAUCCUACACAGCAGGCCAAGUUCACGCGAUUCCAGGACAGUCAUCCAGAUGAUACUGUGGUGGCUGUGAUGAUCAAAGGAAGGCUGGCCCUGGGCCUUGCUUUGAAUGACACAGUCCGCCGGGAUGCUGCAUGCAUGGUUGAGGAGUUGCACCGGAUGGGCUGUGAGGCCCGUAUUCUGACUGGGGAUGCAGCAUCGGCAGGAAGGAGCGUGGCUGCGACAGUCGGCAUCGACCCAACAAUCUGUCAAUUCUCCAUGCACCCAGAGGAAAAGCAGCAGUGGGUUCAGAAGGAGGAGAAUUCCAAGAGGCCAACGCUCAUGCUGGGCGAUGGCAUUAAUGAUGCCACAGCCCUUGCAACCGCAACUGUUGGAGCGGCCAUGGGAGAGACAAGCGCGGCAUUGGCUGCUAAAUCAGCAAACAUGGUAAUGAUGACAGACAGACUUAUACGUCUGCCUCAGUGCAUCCGUCUUUGCCGUUAUGCACUUUGGAUUCAGCGGAUCAAUUUGUUAAUUCCCUGCCUUGUCAAGAUUGUCGAGGUAGGCUUUGCCCUAGCAGGGCAUCUCAAGCUGUGGAUGGCCAUCGUCUGCGAUUUGGGGACCUUGCUCUUGGUGUUGUUGCUUGGGGUGACCAUUCUGUCUCGUCGAUUUUGGACGGAGGACACCACGGAAUACGACGAAAUCGAGAGUAACGCGUCCACAGGAUCCGAUCCCAGCUCUAGCCACCGUGUGUGA